CGGCAAUUCAAACUGGCCAAGGCCAAAACGGUAAAUUCAUCCCACGCGACUUGCUCAACCCGUCCAGCCCACCUUCUCUCCUUCGAACCAUCGCCGGAGCAAAAUCUCUCUCUCUCCUCUCUUUAGAUCUACGGAAACUGAAUCCAAUCCGAGCACAAAUCGACCAUUUUCUUGUAGAAAAUUUCAUUGAUUUGAAGCUCUAGCGGAGAGGCCUCGCUGGUUUUAACCCAUCCAACGAUGGGGGAUUUCAAUCUAGCCCUAGUGAUUGUGGCGAUCGUCGUCUGCGUGAUCGUGUUCAUCUUCAACGUCUACCUCCUUGUAAACUACCAGCACCCGGACGAUGCCAACCAGGCCUAUUUCCCAAAAUUCGUCGUCGUCCUUGGGCUCUCUGUCGCCGCCAUCUCCAUCCUCAUGCUCCCUGCGGACGUCGCUAACCGGCAGGCCUGCCGCCACGCGAUUUACAACGGCGCCUGCAACCUAACGCUCCCCAUGAAGGAUUUGUGGCUGGCUAUUUACAUCGUGGACGCGAUUCUCGUUUUCUUUGUCAUCCCGUUCGCCAUGUUCUAUUACGAAGGGGACCAGGAUAAGAGUGUAUGGAAGAGAAUGAAAAGCGCAUUGAUAUGGGUGGUUGUGACUGCUGUUGUUUGCGCCCUUGUUCUUGGAAUUUUAUACGGGCUUGUGGGAAAGGUGGACUUCACGGUUAGGCACCUUUCCUCGUCAACUACAUCCUUCCCAUCAUCAUGGGACUUCAACAGCAAUCAACAAUGUAUUGGGAAUGGAGCAAGGCAGUGCUCUGCAUAUAUAGCCAGUGCAUCAUCUGAGACAACUUGGACCAUGCAGACUACCUUCCCAGAAUAUGUUGUUGCACUUGCAACAAUUGUUGGAUCUGUGCUUUUCACUAUUUUUGGUGGAGUUGGCAUUGCUUGCCUUCCACUGGGACUCAUAUUCUCAUUUGUCCGCCGCCCAAAAGCUGUUAUUACACGCUCUCAGUAUAUUAAGGAAGCAACUGAACUUGCGAAGAAGGCAAGAGAACUUAAAAAAGCUGCUGAUGCACUUCACCAAGAAGAAAGGACUGGUAAUAAGGGAAGGAAAUGGCGUAAAAAUGUUAAAAGUGUAGAAAAGGAGCUUCUACUUUUGGAAGAAGACGUUAAGGCUUUGGAAGAAAUGUAUCCUCAAGGCGAACAGGCUGAAGCAACCUGGGCUAUGACAGUUCUCGGCUACCUUACCAAACUGGUACUUGGAGUUGUUGGGUUGAUCAUUUCAGUGGCUUGGGUUGCACAUAUUGUGAUAUACUUGCUUAUCGACCCUCCUCUUUCUCCAUUUCUUAAUGAGAUCUUCAUCAAAUUGGAUGACGUGUGGGGUCUUCUGGGUACUGCUGCAUUUGCAUUCUUCUGCUUCUAUUUGCUGCUUGCCGUCAUAGCUGGGGCUAUGAUGCUCGGCCUGAAAUUGGUUUUUAUUACGAUCCAUCCUAUGAAGUGGGGAGCUACACUUAUGAACUCUUUUCUUUUCAAUGUGGGCCUCAUUCUUCUUUGCUCAAUCAGUGUGAUUCAGUUCUGUGCCACAGCAUUUGCGUAUUAUGCUCAAGCUACUGCAGCUCAAGAAAUCUUCAGUCACACGUUGCAAUCUCUUCGUGGAAUUAAAUAUUUGUACAAGUACAAUGUGUUUCAGAUUGGGUUCAUAAUUUUAGCAGGACUCACAUUUGUAUAUUAUGCUGCUUUUGAAAAUAGGAUUCGCCCAUCACUCGUGACGUCGCCGGCGCCGCUGCUCGUAAUACGGCCGAUGGUCGAUCAGCCGCGCACGUUUCAGAGGAGCAGUUCGCCGCCGCUCGUCAAACAGCAUAGGGCCGACGCACAGCCGUCGUCAGAUCCCCGCCGGUGGCCACCGCUCAUGAAUCUGACUCGCCAACCUUUUACCAACCGCCGCUCACGAGCGCGGUCUGUUGUCCGGUUGACGCGUCGCUCCCAGAUCCAACCGCCGCAAUCAGCUGUUCGUUGCUCACGAGCUGAGCCGUCCUUCCAUUUUCAGCACCCGCUGACAGAGGGUGCUUGUGUGUGCGUCACAGGAGCCAGGAGGGAAAGAAUUAGAAGAGCGGGAAAUGGAAAAUUGGGGGUUGGUGGUGAGUGUCCAAGAGCAAUUCUCGCUCGCAGGAUGGACAUUGCUCUUUUCUCUCCCUCUUCGCUUUUCGCCGGCGCCGACGGUAGCUCCUCCGAAGAGGAAAGGACAGAAAACCAUGAGAACUACGAGGAGAGAAAGCACCAGUUUCCUGCAAUGGAAUUGCUGAUCCGGGAAUUUUCUUUUCACCAAUUAAACGCUAAUUUAUUAUGGCCCGGCACAUUUGCAUUUGCUGAAUGGCUGGUCAAACACAGAUCGUGGAUAGAGGGAAGGAGAGCACUCGAGCUUGGGAGCGGAACCGGAGCUUUAGCAAUCUUCUUGAGAAAAUCUUUUCAACUCGACAUUACGACAUCUGACUAUGACGAUGCUGAAAUUGAAGAGAAUAUAGUGUACAAUUCCCGGAUAAAUGGAGUUAUCCCUGCUCUUCCUCAUGUGAGACAUUCUUGGGGAGAUGUAUUCCCGAUUCCCGAACCAGACUGGGACCUAAUUAUUGCGAGUGAUAUUUUACUUUAUGUUAAACAAUACCCCAACCUUAUAAAGUCAUUAUCAUUUCUCCUUAAAUCUUACAAACCAAAAGCUGGUGAGGUCUUUGCUCGUAACAGAGGGCAAAACGACGAAUGCCCGCUCGGUUGGCCAGCAUUCGUGAUGAGCUGGCGGCGAAGGAUAGGAAAAGAAGAAGAAUCGCUUUUCUUUACUGGGUGUGAGGAAGCUGGUCUGAAAGUCGAUCAUCUUGGGUCACGUGUGUAUUGUAUCACACAAGCAGGAAAAAACAGAGUCGAAUGAAAGGUAUUAAAUGGGAAAUUUGACGAGUAAGCAAAUGUACUCAGGUUGUACUCGAUUGGAAGUUGUGUUUGGGAAUAUUGUUCAGGCUAAAAAAUUGUGUGUACAAGUAGCAUUUUCCAUACAUUUUCCCUAUACAAAAUUUGCCAUCAAUUUCUGCAUUUAUACAUCAUUAUUUUGCUCAGAAUCACUUGAACCAGUUGAUAGAUAAUAUAUAUGACUGGUUUGUAAAAUGGCCAUACUUUUCUUGAG